AUGUCAGGUUAGUUAACUUUUCAAAGAGCUCUCAAUUUUUGUGAAAGUCAGUAAAAAUGUUCCUUAGCCUGCCCCGUCGUCCACAUCAUAAUCAACAUUUAGUUAAUAAGAAUAAGCCGCUUGAAGCAGUUUUGUUGAAUCCUGAUGCUCGGCUCAGGAAACUCGCGGACUCUGCCGAGUUAACAACGCUCAGUUUACAAGUCUCAAUUCACAGGUUAGUUCUUAAGGUGUUUAACAGUCAACAUUUGUUUCAUUCAGAUACUAUCAGGGCGUUUUAGACCUUUAUAAAUUGGCAGUAAGCUAUUUGGAUGACAGGUUGAUAGAACGGUGCUUCGUCCUGAUGUACCGUUAUUGCUGGUAACCUAUUUUUCUUCCAAUCUUUUCACGUCAUCUGUUUUGAGGUUCUGCAUAACUGAAUUGCCGAAGCAUCCGGAUGACGCAGAACAUGAGUCCACCGAGAAAACACAGGCGCGCGAGUUGCUCAACAACGCUGUUCCACUGGUAUUCGAGCUGAAAAUCUUUAAACCUUAAUAUGAUUUCAGACGAGCGAGCUCGAAAGACAAAUCUUGAUCGUUUAUGAAGCUCAAGCGGUUUAUUACAGAUUCGCCGAAUCACAGCGAGUAUUGUUACUAGAGGUAAUACAUUUUUCUGUUGUGUGCUCCUAAAGACCGCUUUUCGAGGACCCGCAAGCCUGGAGACUCCAGCAAGAAACUGCAAAUAAAAGAUAUGAAGAGUUGUACAAAGAGGCUGAAGAAGUAACAGUUCGUGCUGGAAUGGAGAUGGGUCGCGUUCGUCCGCUGCAGCCUGAGUUCGUCGACUUCGGACCCAACGAGAGGCCGCUUCCGCAAGUGCCGACCGAAGUGACUCCCUCGAAAUUGCUUUUGUUAGUUUUUAUUCUCAGUCGUUUCUACCGGUGAAAAGAGAUUUUCGAAGCGGUAGUAAUAAGAUUUCUACUAAUAGUUGCAGUUUCGUUGGCAAAACCGCUAUUACCAAUGGUACCAAUUCAAUGGAACUAUCGUCAGAUAAAUAUCUUAGAUUUAAAAAAAGAGUAAACUCAUAUGAAAAAUGACCAUCAGAGUUGAAUAACGGUUGUUUUUUCUAGGACCACGAGAGAAGAUGAACCAGGUCCUUCGAAUAGGCAUGUUUCUUCUCCGGCGGUCGCUCCCGGAUCGUCGGGCUCGGCUUUCAAACCGAUCAGACCAGCCGCGGAUAGUCAGCCUGACGAGAGUUCCGCCAACUCUUCGCUUUCGGAUGAAGCGGUGCCCGAAAAGAAUUACGCGAUUCCCUGUGACUUGGUUGAAAAGUUUAUUACCUAGCGUCGAAACCUCUAUCUAGCCUUGUUCUUUUCAAGGUUUCUAAAAUGCUGCGCCGAGAAUACGAAAAACAACAUCCAAACUUGUGGAGUUCUGGCUGGCCGAAAGGUGGGUUUAUGUGUUUCCUAUGAUCGCACGUGGAAUGGCUUGAGGCGUGAAUUUCGAGACAAGAAAGUUUUAGAGAUUCCAACUUUUCAACCGCAGAGCGAACCCAUUCCACGCCGUUUCAAUUCAUGUCUCUAUAUUAAUUAAAAUUUUGCAGCUCCGUGAUCGCUACAUAAUCACUCAUGUUUUGGUUCCUAAACAAUCUGGAACAGCCGAUUACUGUGUUGGACAGGGAGAAGAGGAGGUUUUUGAAUCCAGAUAAGACAAAGUAUCAAAAAAUAUAAAUUCGUCGAGUCUCAGUUUUUCAGCGCGUUUCUCUAGUUCUUGACACUUUUCCAGAUAUCCAUUUAAAUAUAUAAUUAAAAUAGUGAAGAAUUGCAGAAAGAAGUUAAGAUGAAAUUUUUGUGAUUCGUUCAACAAAGGUAUUUUCUACUAUUUUUUUAGCUCGCAAAAUUUUUAAAUAUAAUCACUGACUUUUAUACAAAAAUUUGAUUUAUUUAAUUUAUUUAACGUUCCUUUCCAAACUAGCCAAGUCACGCAAAGAUUAUUUUCGAUCAAUCCAAAACUUGAAACGAAAGUUUUGCAGGUGUCGUGUAUUCUCGACAAUGCUUCUCUGUUGACCCUCGGUUGGAUCCAGACGAAUCCGAAGAGUAAGGCUCAUAUGUCUCCCAUGGACUUCCACACGCAACACGCCUAUCAGAAAAUCAUGAAGGAAUCGGUCGCAGUUAUCUGUGCUCCUGCACAUGAUGAGUAAGUCUUUAUCAAUGAUUUUCAAGAGUCAACACAAGAAUUGGACGAAAAACUGAUCACAGAAUAGUGGAGGAGUGGAAAUUCUUGGAACUCUGUUCAAAAACCGCAGAGAAAUCUUUUUUCAGCGAUUGAAACGCUCAUUAUCAGCUUACUUUUUUCACUCUCAAACUUCAGAAACUUUUAAAACAUGCUAUAGUUUACUCAGAUUUUGACGUCAAGUCAUCGCUCAAACUCCGCUUCUUAUGCUAGAUUCAACCAAUCAGAGAGCGAGCCAUCCACAGAGCGUUAUGGGGGCGGAAUUUUCUGCAUAACACUCGAAAUCUGAACUGAGCUUUUUUUUUUCCAAAUUUUUAGUUUCCAAAAAGCUCGGAAAAAAAACAUCGUCUUCGUAGGAAAAACCAUUAACGAUAGCAAAAAUUGUUAACUCGAGAAGAAACGCGUUGAAUUUUUAGGGUGACCGCGUUCACCAUGACGCCAAGGGGGAUGGAAGUGCUCUCGGAAUGCAAGCUGACCGGAAAUCAUCCGCACCCGGAGACCUACGGCGAACUGUACACGACGGCUCCUCACGUCGUCUGGUCUACUGAUUUCAAUUCUUACAUCCUCGACAUUCGAGACUGA